ACACUUAAUAGUCCCGAUGUUCCGCGCACACCGUCCAUAGAUUGGCGACUUUUGAUUUGUCUGGAAGACUUUUGGGGACGAUAAUGCUGAAUGGUCGCGCUCAUGAAAAUCACCAGAGACAUAUGUCGACUAUUGGGGCUCUCGAGUGGUCCACCUGUGCAGCAGCCGCAGGAAGAACUGAUGGACUGUGGUGCUGCCCACCAUGACCCAUGUGAUGAUGGCCCUAUGUCACAGGAUGCAUUAAAUUGUGAGGAGGAUCUAAGUGAGGAUGAGAAGGCCAGACAGAGAGCAGAGCGACGCAAAGCAAAGAAGAAGCGCCGUCGAAAACGUAAGAAGCAGGAGCAAGUAAAUCAAAGCGAAAGUGCUGAGCAGGUCAACGGUGAUGAAGAUGGAGGAGCCGAGUCUGACUUGGAUGAGAGUGAAUCGGAAGCAAAAGUUAUUGCAGUAACAGAGACGCACGUGCAAAAGGAGGAGACAAAGCAUGCAAAAUCUGCUGCCUCAUACAAGCUUGCUACCUCUCCCUCCAGUGCGCAUCAGAGGACCACAACAGCUGAAGAGGAGCCCGAGUGGGAUGUGAAUAGCGCCUUUGUUGCCAACGCGGCCAGCCACAUCAAGCCCAAAGGAUCAUGCCGCAAGUCCAAAGAAAACAAAGAGAACGAGGCCAGGAAGGAGACAAACGGAACGGACAUCACAACAAAGAAAACCACAUCACUUGCAGAAAAAGGGAUCAAGCUCGUCCAGGAAGGACAGUACUUACAAGCAGCCAACAUGUUUACAGAAGCCAUCAAAUGUGAUCCAGAUGAUUACAGGUUCUUUGGGAAUCGUUCUUAUUGCUAUUAUUGCUUGGAGCAGUACACUCAGGCUCUGGCAGAUGCAGAGCGCGCCAUCCAACUGGCUCCAGACUGGCCCAAAGGUUAUUUUCGCAAGGGAAGUGCUCUCAAAGGCAUGAAGUUGUACAGUGAUGCACAAAAAGCUAUGGAGCAGGUGCUGAAACUGGACAACAACUGUGACGAGGCCGUCAAUGAUCUCUUUUACUGCAAAUUGCUGCAAUUAAUGGAGCUUGGUUUAAAUGAGAUGGACAGCGCGCUAUUGCUGGAGAGAUAUUCGACAGUCCAAGAGGUUUUGGCAUCCUUUUCUGAUGCUACCAGAGCAGCAAGCCAAGAUCAGUCUGUUGCACUACCUGGAUGCCCCAGUCCAUCGCUCUGGGUGGGAAAUGUGACAACGGAGCUGACCGAAAACCACUUAAGGGACCUUUUUAAAAUGUAUGGCGAGAUCGAUAGUAUCCGUGUGCUGCAUGAGCGCUUUUGUGCCUUUGUCAAUUUCAAAGAUGCAAACAUGGCGGCCCGUGCCAUGGAGAGACUAAAUGGUUAUAUAAUUGAAAACACACGUUUAGUGGUGCGCUAUCCUGACCGCCGGCCUCAGAGAGUCCUUCCCACGCCACUCAGGACCUGCCUCUCUGUCACGCAGCAGAUCUCGGCGGCGAGGCCCCAUCAACGGAGACGAGUGUUACUUCUGGAGAACCACCGGCUGCCAUUUUGGAGACCAGUGUCGCUACAAACACGUUUCCGAUCAGAAAGGCAAGGACAGGAAGCCGUGGCAGCCUUAGAAAACUCCCUAGUCGUUUACAGGAAACCAGGACGCAACCGUCGAAAGGACUUGGCCAGUACCGAGUGGACCAGUUUCUGUCGACUAGAAAUAACUUGGACCAGACUUAGAGACAAGGUCAGUGUCAAACCCUCGAAUGCAGGAGGUGUCACCAUCGGGACUGGAUUGUCACUCAGAAAUGAGGUGACUUUUGCAGCCGUGACACAUGGUGACCUCCCCCUGCCCGAAACCUCGCAGUCCAGUGAAAUGUUUUGUACGAGUUGCUGCAGUGACCACAUGGUUUACUAGAAUUCUGUCCGUUCAUAAAGUACACAGGAGUGUUGAGACCACGCUGAAGGAGAAGAAACGUAAUACAAAUGUUAUAUAAGGUACUACAGUUGCAAGUGGAAGAGAAUAACGUUCGUUAUAGUUGUGAAAAAAUCACAACAUACCAGCAAGAUUCUCGUAAAAUUAUAUUUUUCAUUGUCGUCGUGUAACUUUUAAGAAAACAUUUCCCCCCCAAUACUUUAUUUUCAUAAAACGACAACGUCCCUCUCAUAAAAUCCGGAUUUUUUUAUUUUACGAUUCAAACUUUUGUUGUCUAUUUUUUUACAUUUCAGUUUCAUUCUCAAAACCGUUUUAUCCCGGAAUAUUCCGACAACGCUAAUUUGUUUCCUGACAAUAUUCCCAUUUUCUACUUGUAAAAUGCAAACGUUAGUGCUGGUAAUACUCCAACUCUAUCCUCAUAAAAUGGUUAAAUUUUUCUGGCAAUAUUUGUCAUUAAAGAAAAGAUCUUUGCGCUGUUUUUACUUUAUUCUUGUUAAAAUGGCUAUUUUCUUGUGACAUUUCAAGACUUUAUUGGCAUACCUUUGUCAGUAAUAAUUAAUCCAGGACUAUGCUCAUUUUUUUCCUUUUGCGUGUGGCCUUAACAGUUCUUUGUAUUGAAGCCAACAACGGACGAAACGUUGAGAAGUAGUUUGAACUUGUGCUGUACUUAAAACUGUCAUUGCAAUCUGUCAGUCAGUCAGUCGCCCGCUUUUUUGGACAUUUCUCUGGGAAAAUUCCAUAUUUUUCUUGAGCAAGUAAAAUGAUGAGAACCCAACGCAGCACUGUACUUAAUGGGAAAAACACAACUUUAGACUGGUGCCCUUUUAAUUUUUGGAUAGUUUAGUAUUGAAAACCAAUCCGUGCCAAAUCUAUGCAAAAGAAAGCAUGCAUGCCUAAUUCACUUACUUUUUCGGAUGAUGUCCUUAAAGAAGUGUUGAAUAGCUAUGUUUGUGAUUUGUCAGUAUUUCAAAGAACCAAAGAAUCCGGUUGUUUUGCUCUAAAACAGCCGUGGUAAUUUCCGAAGUAUCGACACUAGUGCUUUUAAAAUGGGCGUCAUCCAAGAGAGCCUUACUGUAUGUCAACACUACAUUCAUAAGUAAUAGUGACAGUAUUUAUUUGUGUAUUUAUACCUUUUCACCCCCCCUUGUUUUAUUUAGUGUGCUGUCACGUUACACAAAUCCUGUUUAAUCUUUGUUUGCAGGCACUAAUUAUGCCAAUACUGUAUGUGCCACUUCUCCUUAAAAGAAGCAUUUAGCCACCAAUCUGCGGCUGCACUUGAUGAUUCAGUACGUUUAUUUCAUUCUGGGGGGCUUGAAAAAUACUUUUAAUGUCAGCUGCACACUUUUUCUUUUAAAAUUUGACAUUUCCUGGCUUCAUUUCGCUCUUCUUUUAUUUCGUUUUGUUCGUAAGUGUUAUAUCUGGAAAAGCAUUUUUUAUUUGCAACGCAGCACGUUAGUAACUUGAGCACUGCAAAUAGUUGUUAAUGUAUCAAAAAUGUUGUAUUAUCAUCACUGCACUGCAAUAAAGAGUAUUUUGUAUUUA